AUGGGCUUCGCUCGCCUGCUCGCCCUCGCCACUGGCAUGGCAGUCGCGACCCUCCUCGCCGCCUUUGCCCCACUCGUCGUCCACCUCUCGCCGACCACCCUCACCAGCGUCAGCGAGCUCUCGGUCGGCAUCCUCGUCGGUGCCGCCUUGUCCAUCAUCCUCCCAGAAGGCGUCGCAGCCGUGUUCGAAAACUCGAGCCACGACGACGGCGACCACGACGACAACGCCGCUUGGAUCGGAGGCGCUCUCCUCUCGGGCUUCCUCCUCAUGUACCUCCUCGACAACCUGCACGGCCACGACGAGUACCCCGACCCGAACCCGCAGCCGCACCUCCACCCACGGCACCACCACCGCCCCAACCUAAGCGCGACCCCGUCGCACCAGCCCCUCCUCGAGCCCCUGCGCACCUCGGACGAGUACCCGCGCCGGGACGUCGGCGGCAACGGUCACGGCAGCGAGCACUGGCGCAGCGACGAGGAGGGAGGCGCCGCGUCGACGUCGACGUCGAGGAGCCGGUCGCCGAUGCCGUGCAACGACGCGCACCUCAUCACGGCCGACGCCUCGUCCGUCUCGACCGUCGUCGGCAUGCUCACGCACAGCCUCGCCGACGGCAUCUCGCUCGGCGCAUCGAGCCUGCCCCUCGCCGCCGCCGCCGCCACCGCAGCCGCCGCAGGCGACGCGCCCUCGUCGUCGUCCCCCCUCCAGCUCGUCAUCUUUGUCGCCAUCCUCCUCCACAAGGCGCCGACCGCCUUUGCGCUCUCGUCGCUCCUCCUCUCGUCGCCCGCCACCUCGCGCGCCUUUACGCGCCGCGCCCUCGUCCUCUUCUCGCUCGCGGCCCCGCUCGGCGCCGUCGCGACCUACGCCCUCCUGUCGCUCGUCGGCGCCCACGGCGGCACCGGGUCGGCCGCAGGGUGGUGGACCGGCCUCGCGCUCGUGUUCAGCGGCGGCACGUUCCUGUUUGUCGCGACGCACGCCGUCCGGGAGCAGGAGAAGCGCGCAGAGGGCCACGGAGGAGGAGGGGGAGGGGGAGGGCACGGGCACGCGCAUGGAGCGGACGGCGGCGAGGGGGCAGAGGGGAGGAUAGGCGACAAGCAGAGGCUGGCGCUCGUGCUCACGGGCAUGGUGGCGCCGGCGUUGCUGUCGCGUCUCGUCGGGCACGGCCACUGA